ACGGACGUCAUUCCUCAAACUGAAAGGAUACAGCCGAACCCAACAGGAAUUCAUGUCAUUGCAUUUGCAUGUCGUAUAUUUAGUAAAUUCUCCAUAUUGGAAACGAUUAAAUACAUAUAAACGUUAAAAUGCCCUUGUUUGAAGGGUUGGGGAGUGGAGGGGAGAAAACUGCAGUAGUCAUUGAUUUAGGAGCAGCCUACACAAAAUGUGGCUUUGCUGGAGAGACUGGGCCCAGGUUCAUAAUUCCCAGCGAGAUCCAGAAGCCUGGACAACAACAGUCUAUCAAAGUAGUUCAGUACAACAUCAACACAGAGGAGCUCUACUCCAACCUCAAGGAGUUCAUCCACAUGCUCUACUUCAGGCAUCUGCUGGUCAACCCUCGUGACCGGAGAGUGGUGAUCAUCGAGUCAAUCCUCUGCCCCUCUCACUUCAGAGAAACUCUCACCAAGGUCUUCUUCAAACAGUUUGAGGUGCCCUCGGUGCUGUUUGCCCCCAGCCACCUUAUGGCCAUAAUGUCUCUGGGCAUCAACUCAGGCCUGGUGAUGGACUGUGGGUACACGGAGACACUGGUGCUGCCUGUGUAUGAGUGCAUCCCCAUCCUGCCAGCCUGGGAAGCUUUGCCUUUGGGUGGAAAGGCCAUUCAUAAGGAGUUGGAUGGGCUCCUGGUGGAACAGUGUACAGUAGACUCAGACUCCAGUACUGGACAGAGUCUGCCUACAGUCAUUGGCGCCAUCCCAGAGGAGGUUGUAGAGGAUAUCAAGGUCAGGACCUGUUUCAUCAGUGACCUACAGAGAGGCCUGAAGAUCCAGGAGGCCAAGUUUAACCUGGGCGGCACGGCUGAGCGUCCAACACCACCCCCUGAUGUUGAUUAUCCAUUGGAUGGGGAGAAGAUUCUGCAUAUUAAGGGACCAAUCAGGGACUCUGUGAUGGAGAUGCUGUUCGAGCAGGAUAACGAGGAGAAGAGUGUGGCCUCUCUGGUGCUUGACGCUCUGGUCAAGUGUCCCAUCGACACUCGUAAGGCUCUGUCUGAGAACCUGGUGAUCAUUGGGGGCACGGCCAUGCUGCCUGGCUUCCUGCACCGGCUCCUGGCUGAGAUACGCCUCCUGGUGGAGAAACCCAAGUACCGCGACGCCCUGGCCACCAAGAGCUUCAGGCUGCACAGUCCUCCAGCCAAACCCAACUGCACCGCAUGGCUUGGAGGAGCAAUCUUUGGAGCACUGCAGGACAUCCUGGGUAGCCGCUCCGUGUCCCGUGACUACUACAACCAGACAGGCCGUAUCCCUGACUGGUGCUGUCUCAGCUCCCCACCUCCAGAAUCAGUAUAUGAUGCAGGGAAGACCCCACCACCGCUCAUGAAGAGAGCCUUCUCCACUGAGAAAUAAAGCGCCAUAUCAGACAGUGUCUACUUCUAGUCUGCAUCAGCUAUCUAUGUCAUCCUAUACCCUAAAUAGUGCACUACUUUGGGCCCUGGUCCUGGGGAAAAAGGUGCCAUUUCGGACGUAGUCCACACUAGACACAACAAACUCAUCCCAGACAAAAAAAAGUUUGACCUACCAGAUGUUAUAGGUACGUCUCAAUAGUCUGUCGUGGCUUCCUCUCAUGCUCCAGAGUGGCGCAGCGGUCUAAGGCACUGCAUCUCAGUGCUAGAGGCGUCAAUACAGACCCUGGAUCGAUUCCAGGCUGCAUCACAACCGUCUGUAAUUGGGAGUCGCAUAGGGCCGGGGCAAGCCGUCAUUGUAAAUAAGAAUUUGUUCUUAACUGACUUUCCUAGUUAAAUAAAGGUUGAAAUAAAAAAUAAAUAAAAUGCUCUUCCCCUCAUCUGUACUGAACAGAAUUGGUGGUGGUGAGAGCAGUAUGGAAAAAUCCUUCGACAAAGGAGACAAGGCCAUGAAGUCACGGUAGACUAUGGAGAUGCACCCAGCAUCUCAACCCCCAGACGGCUGUGAUUAUGGGGGUUGUAGUUUUAGUUCUGUCAGUCUUUAUGUGCCUGUUCUUGUUCUGUAAGACUCCUCCUGACCUAUGCCACAUUGCCAUCCAGACUCUGCUCACUUUUUUUCUAAACUACAGCUCACUGAUACAGUAGUCAGCAUUUUAUAUGAGAGAAUUGUGCUAUGGCCAUGGAUUCCGGGGUCAGGUAGAUCACUUCCUGGACCAGAUCCUUGUAAACAAGGCGGUCUUGAUUUGUGGCCAUGUGUUUGACCUCCCCUUGAAGCAGAAGUGUUGGUUUGACUCUCCCGAACUGAUGCGUUUCAUGUUAAAACAUGCCGUUGAGCUGCAUUUGAAAACUGUCGGGAAGAAAAUGUACUGUAGGUGAACCAGAUAAAUUGCAGUUCAGUAUUCAAAUGUUGCUUUGUCAAGUUGCUCUUUAUGUCGUCAUUGUGAAUGCUACCCCAGGCAUUGUUGUUCAGCAAAUAUGAAGUGUUUUAUUAGCCAUGUAUUUAUUGUUUCUUCUUUGCCAUGUAAAACAUUGCAAUAUCAGUUUCAAUCUCCCAAGAGCUCAUAUCUGUAAUGCAUCAACUCAAAUAGCGUUAAAUAAACAUUCCUGGAACGUU